UCUGAAACUUUAAUUAUCUUAAUGGCCUCCCAUUGUGCCUUAUAACACAGUGAUCUCUGAUGAAUGCUUUUUGUCAAAAUUUGAAGCAGCUUUUUGCUUUUCUCUUCAAGACCAAUGUUAUUGUCAACUCUAUUUCCUCGGAUCUUGCACUUGAUAGAGGGCCCCUUUCUAAGGCCCUCUUGGACAAAGCUGGGCCAGAGCUCCAGAAGGAAUUGGACGCAGCUGGACAAGGGAAAGCCAUCAGAGUGGGCACAGUACUCCAAACCAGUGGCUGCAAUCUGCACUGCCACCACGUGCUCCAUGUUGUGGCUCCAGAGUGGAGAAGUAACAACACGUCUUCACAAAAGGUCAUGGAAGACAUAAUCAGAGAAUGUUUGGAGAUCACUGAGAGCUUGUCCUUAAAAUCCAUUACAUUUCCAGCUAUAGGAACAGAAAACUCAGGAUUUCCUAAAACCAUAUUUGCUGAACUAAUCAUUUCAGAGGUGUUCAGAUUUAGUAGCAGGAAUCAACCAACCACUUUACAAGAGGUUCACUUUCUACUGCACCCAAGUGAUCAUGGAAAUAUUCAGGCAUUUUCAGAUGAAUUUGCCAGCAGGACUAAUGAAAAUCUCAUCAGUGAUAAAAUUCCAAAGGCUGAAGAUACACAAGAUACACCAGGUUUUUAUGGGACUAUUUCUAGCCCUUGUUCAGGAGUGCAUGAAAUGAAGAUUGGCCCCAUCAUCUACCAGGUGGCUUCUGGGGAUAUCACCACAGAGGAGGCAGAUGUGAUUAUAAAUUCAACAUCAGGCAUAUUUAAUUUUGAAGCAGGGGUCUCCAGAGCAAUUUUAGAAUGUGCUGGACAAAAUGUGAAAAUGGAAUAUUAUCUCCAAGCUCUACAAGGCAAACAUGAUUACAUAAUUACUGGAGGUGGAUCACUGAAGUGCAAGAAUAUCAUUCAUGUUGUUGGUGGACAUGAUGUUGAGAAAUCGGUUUCCUGUGUUUUGCAGGAGUGUGAAAAACGGAAUUAUUCAUCCAUUUCUCUCCCUGCCAUUGGGACAGGAAAAGCCAAACAAGACCCAGAUAAGGUUGCUGAAGCCAUACUGGACGCCAUUGAAGACUUUAUCCAGAAAGGAGCAGCCCAGUCUGUGAAAAAAGUUAAAGUUGUUAUCUUUCAGCCUCAAAUGCUAAAUGUGUUUUAUGCCAGCAUGAAAAAAAGAGAAGGGUCUCAGCCUUCUUCCCAGCAGUCUAUGAUGUCUGAACAUCCAUUUCUUUUGGGCUUUUCAAGGCAAUCUCCCCAAGAGCAGACUCCUUUGGUUUUGGAAAAGAAAACAAAAUCAGCAAUUUUUGAGGUGUGUGGUGAAAAUAUAGAAUGUGUGGGAAACACUAUCUCCUGGAUACAGGACCUGAUUCAAAAGGAACAGUUGCCCUAUAUCAGUGAAGAUGAGUGCAUCAAAGACUUCAAUGCAAAGGAAUUUCAGAAACUGAACGAGCUGCAGAAGAAGUUAGAUAUUACCAUUUCCUUGGACCACAAGAAACCUUUGAUUAAGGUUGUAGGGAUUAACAGAGAUGUGAUACAGGCUCGAGAUGAGAUUGAGAAAAUGAUCAAGAGAGUUCGACUGGACAAAGAACCGGAGUCCCGGGCAGAUUGUACUAGUGAAUUUAUAGAAUGGCAAUAUAAUGACAGCAACAAUUUUCAUCCUUUUGACAAAAUGACCAACCUGCAAUUGGAGGAUGCAAAGAGAGCAAAGAGACAAACAAUUGUCGUCACAAUUAAGAAUAAGAGCUGCACAGUGAACUUGAACACAUACACUGCCACAGAUGCAAGUGGAGACACUUUUUCAAUUCAGCGCCUGACAAAAUCUGAAGUUGACAUCCCUGCACAGUGGAGUAACAUGAAGCAGAAUAUCCAGGUGGGGGACCUGCCAUUGUGUGAUCCAGAACACGCCACUAUGGCAAACAAGUUCGAUCAGACCUACUCGUACAUCACCACAGAGAAGUUUUUAGCUGGGGCUGGGUUUGAACCCACCACCUCCAGGAUCCGGAGUCGGUGCCCUACUCGUUUCAGCCACAGGUGCUGCCCAAAGCGGUAUAUCUUAAAAGGAGGAAGAAUGUCUCCAUUGACUGGAGAGAAAUUGAAGGAGGAUCACGAAACACCCAUGGACAUUGAUGGUAAUGAUUCAAAAGCAGAUUCCCUCUCAUUCAAAGGGUCUGUGAGUUCUGAGGCUUCAGAAGUACACAAGAAGGAAAAGGAUGCCUGUGUCAUCUGUAUGGACACCAUUAAGAAUAAACGAAUACUACCAAAGCAUGAAUUCUAUGCCGCUUGUAUCAACAAAUUCAUGUCAUAUAAGCCAAUUUGCCCUACAUGUCAGACUUCAUAUGGUAUCCAGAAAGGAAAUCAGCCAGAUGGAAGCAUGCACAUCACUAGGUCAAGACAGUCACUUCCAGGCUAUGAAUCCUGUGGCACCAUUGUGAUUACUUAUAUUAUGAAAGCAGGCAUACAAACAGAAGAGCACCCAAACCCAGGAAAGAUGUAUUAUGGGAUAAUGCGAACUGCAUAUUUGCCUGAUAAUGAGGAAGGAAAAGAGGUUCUGAGACUGCUUCGAAGAGCCUUUGACCAAAAACUGAUUUUCACAAUAGGGUACUCUCGCACACUGGGAGUCUCAGAUGUCAUCACAUGGAAUGAUAUUCACCACAAAACGUCCCAAUCUGGAGGACCAGAAAACUUUGGCUACCCUGAUCCUACUUACCUGAAACGUGUCAAAGAGGAGCUGAAAGCUAAAGGAAUUGAGUAAGAAAACUACUGGAGGAAUGUCUUCACCCAAGCUGUCAAAAAGUAGAUUUUAGGAGGUUGACUUAAUGCCAAUGUAAAUCCUGUUAUAAAUUUUCAUCUUUAUGUAA